CCCACCAUAAAUUGGCCCCGUAUUCUGUCAGGCAGGCAUAUUAUUGCAAACAACCGUCAGCUGGCUUAACAACGGGAAUCCAGUCUCACUAACCAACGUGUUCUUCCUCUUGAGUCAACAUCGUUGUCGUAUGGUCUGCAGAGUCGAUAAAUAUGGACAAGUUCUCGGCUUUUGGAAAGAACAUCAGUUCUGCUUUCAACACCACCGUCUCGCCCUUUGUGCAACGAAGCCAGCAGCAGCUCAAGGAGCAGUUCGGUUCAGUAGAGGAUAAGACUCAACUUCCUGCAGACUAUGUUGAACUCGAGAAGCGCGUCGAUGCGCUGAAACAAGUCCACCAAAAGCUGCUUGCAGUCACAAACCAAUACCAGAAUGAGGCUUACGAUUACCCUCCAAACAUUCGCGAGUCCUUCACCGACCUCGGCCGUAGCAUCUCUGAGAAAGUCACUCUCCUUUCGCACGCCUCGAGCCCGGCCGAAGCACAAGCUGCGUUUACUGCUCCUCCGUCCGCCAAACCACAACCCAAGACUUUCAACCAUGCCAUUGCUCGCGCUUCCCUGGCCAGCUCGCAGCUCCUGCAACAGACAAACACCUCGGGCGGUGAAGACCCACUAGCUGCUGCUUUGGAGAGAUAUGCUUUGGCGGAAGAGAAGGUCGGCGAGGCGCGGCUGGCUCAAGAUCAUGCUAUCCAAUCGCGCUUCCUUGCUGGAUGGAACACUACAUUGAACACAAACAUUCAAUUCGCUACCAAGGCCAGAAGAGCCGUUGAAAACAGCCGUUUAAUUUUGGACAGCACCAAGACUGCGAAGAAGAGCCAGGUCAUGGGUCGGGGCAUGAACCCAGAUGACGAGACGGCAUUGAGCGAGGAGGCACGUGCCGAGAUUGAAGCCAAGGAGGACGAUUUUGUUUCACAGGUUGAAGAAGCGCAGGGUGUUAUGAAGAAUGUCCUCGACACUCCUGAACCACUUCGCAACCUUGCCGACCUUAUCGCAGCUCAACUUGAGUACCAUAAGAAGGCUUACGAGAUUCUGUCUGAGCUUGCGCCGGAGAUUGAUCAACUCCAGGUUGAGCAAGAGAGCAACUACCGCAAGAGCAGAGAGGGUGCUUGAUCGAAUCAGUCUGGUUGGAGAGGAAUGCGGCGGCGUGUGCUUGCUUGACGCGCUUCUGUGUCGUUGGGGCUGGGUCUCUUUUCCCUAUCAUGGAAUGAAAUCAUCAUAAGUUGUUAGAUCAAUACCCAUUGGAACCACAGAUAUAAUCGAGCACGAUGUG